ACUAUCCAACGCGGUCCAAAACACUUCGAGGAACCCAAAGAAAGGAGAUUUGGCAGGAGGCAAUUGGAUGAAAUUCAAGCAAGUAGUACGAAACUCACAAACUGUUCAGAAAUGUUUCUUUGCCCAGAAAAUAAUGAUCAACAAUCUGCAGCUUCUUGCACGACCAAUCCUAAAUCUAUCUUGUUGACGGGCAAAGCAGGAAUUGGAAAAUCCCUUUUUUGUCGGAAGCUGGUACGGGAUUGGUCGCAUAACCGAUUGUUUGAGGAAGGUCAAGAAAAUGCAAAAGUACCUGAUUUUCAGUUUGUGUUUCUGUUGACAUUCCGUCAACUUCUUCUUCUAGAAGAAGAACAAAAAAUGGUUGACUUACGUGAUAUCUUACAUCGGUCCUCCCUACUGAACGAGCACUCGGGGAUAGACGAGUCAUUACUGCAGUACAUGAUUGACAAUCCUGAGAAGCUGCUCAUCAUCCUCGAUGGGUAUGAUGAGUAUAAACCGCAUCGAGAGAAAAUCACCGGGGACUUUGAGACAARAUWYCCAAACGACCCUCAUGAAAAAAUACCUGUUCCUGCUCUGAUUGCCAAAAUCAUGAAAAGAAAGAUGUUAAACGGUGCAGUACUGCUUUUAUCCUCGAGGCCUUGCGAAGCCGAGGAAUUAAAAGAAAUUGUCUUUGAUGUGAGAUGUGAGAUUCAAGAAUUUUCUUCACUUCAAGUGCUAGAAUACAUCGAAAAAUAUUUCAAAGAGAACGAAAGCAUGAAGAAAAAAGCACUUGAUCACAUCAAAAGAAAUGACAUUCUUUUAAGUUUUGGUCACAUUCCUGUGAUGUGUUUUCUAAUGUGCUUCUAUAUUAAAUGGUACAUGACUGAAUCAAAAACCACAGGAAAACUACCCGUCUCCAGAACAGAGCUUUAUCUUGAAGUAAUCAAGUUUUUUAUCAAGAAACAUUCCUCUUCUAAAUAUGAAGAAAUGGAAGAAACUAAAGUACAUGAAAUAUUACAUAAACUAGCUAAACUAGCGGUGAAUUUAAUGAUGGAAGAUAAAUAUAUUUUCAACGAAAAUGAUAUGAAAAAAUUCAAUCUUAACGAUGAAGAAAUAACAAACCUGAAAGCGAGUGGAUUACUUGACUGUUGUCCUGGCGUUAAAAAAUUUCCAUUCGAUAAACCACCACUUGAAUUUACGUUUACCCACUUAACGAUUCAAGAAUUUCUUUGUGCUUUUUUGUUUGUAGAGAAAAAACAAAUCCCAGAGAAAGAGAAAACGAGCGAUGUGACAUUCAUGUUCAUGGCGGGAAUGUUUUCAAGAAAAAGAGAUAGAAAAAUGAUGAAAAAGUUGAUAAAAAAUUUCAAGCCAGGGAAGGAAAAACAUAGGAGAAACAAACUGCUAACUUUAUCCUGUCUUUACGAGUACAAAGACGAUGGAUUUUCUACCAGAGUAAUAAAUAACCUUAAACACAUAUACUAUGAUAGGGGUGGGUGGAUUGGAUUUGAAGAAAUAACUGAUAUCGAUUGUUUGUACAUAAGUUAUUUAUUAGAUAUAGCGAAUUUAAUCAACGCAGAAGAAACUAAACGACAUUCAAUAUUUACACAGUCAUUUGUUGUUAAUACAUUAUACAUUGUUGAGUCAUCUUUAUCAGCAUCAGGGAUCAGAAUGUUGUGUAAUUCUCUUGUUAAUAUUUCUACUGUUGCUGUACUGUUGCUGGGCGUUUGUGAAUUAGACGAUGAAUGUGUUAAAAUAAUAUGUGACAUGUUACCUCGUACUAAGAUAACACACCUAGCACUAGAUGGUAAUAAUAUAACAAAUGUUGGUGCUCAGUGUCUGUGUUCAGUAUUAAUACGUGAUGAUUGUCGUGUGAAAGAGUUAGACUUACUGCGUAAUAACAUAACAAGUGAAUGUGAACUGUAUUUAAGACAACAGAUCCCUGGUGUUGUGUUGACUAUUUAGAUCAAUAAAACAUAUAUUGUGACGACAUA